AACGUCAGCGUGUUGACGUCACGGGCCGGGUACUCGAGGAGGUCCUGGGGCGGCUGGCUGCGGGCGGUGGGCUGCGCUUUGGCUUGCUGGGCUGGGUGCCUUGUCCCGGCCCCGCCGGGCCCCACCCCGCCGCCCCGGAGAUCCCUGGAGGGCGCCACCACUGAGCCACAGUCUCCGGGCCAGGCUGGGGCGGCCGGCCCGGAACCACCCGAUGAGGUCUCUUCUCUUUAGGGAUGGUGAAGUUGGGAAGAGGCUCCUUUAACCCUCCUCCAGGAUGAAUCAACUGCCAAACGACAUGGAAAAUACGCUCACUGGGAGCCAGAGCUCCCACGCUUCUCUGCGUGAUGUCCACUCCAUCAACCCCACGCAACUCAUGGCCAGGAUUGAGUCCUAUGAAGGAAGGGAAAAGAAAGGCAUAUCCGAUGUCAGGAGGACUUUCUGUUUGUUUGUCACCUUUGACCUCUUAUUUGUAACAUUACUGUGGAUAAUAGAGCUAAAUGUGAAUGGAGGCAUUGAGAACACAUUAGAGAAGGAGGUGGUACAGUAUGACUACUACUCAUCUUAUUUUGAUAUAUUUCUUUUAGCAGUUUUUCGAUUUAAAGUGUUGAUACUCGCAUAUGCUGUAUGCAGACUGCGCCAUUGGUGGGCAAUAGCGUUGACAACAGCAGUGACCAGUGCCUUUUUACUAGCGAAAGUGAUCCUUUCAAAGCUUUUCUCCCAAGGGGCGUUUGGCUAUGUGCUGCCCAUCAUUUCAUUCAUCCUCGCUUGGAUCGAGACAUGGUUCCUGGAUUUCAAAGUGUUACCUCAAGAAGCAGAAGAAGAAAACAGGCUCCUGAUAGUUCAGGAUGCGUCGGAGAGGGCAGCCCUCAUACCUGCUGGUCUUUCUGAUGGUCAGUUUUAUUCCCCUCCUGAAUCUGAAGCAGGAUCUGAAGAAGAAGCUGAGGAAAAACAGGACAGUGAAAAACCGCUUUUAGAACUCUGAGUUCUGCUUUAUGUAAUGUGAAGAACCCUCACUGAAGUCAUCCGAGGGAAAAAGAUGGAUUUGGGUCUCCCUAUUGAUAGUGAAAUGGCGACAUCCACUGCUGACUUUGUGGAACAGCUAGUAAACAUUUAUUUAUGGUGAUACCUCACGGACAUUUUCCCACAUCCACACACAUUCAGUCUCCUGCCUGUGGCCAGCCAGGUCUUGUCAUGAUUCUUCCUCUGUUCAGUGAGACUGAGUCUGACCUGUCAAUGAAUAAUUGAAGGAAAGUCAUGUGCUGUAUCCUAAUCAAAAGACUUCUUAAUAUGUUGAAAUAACACUUUUGUAGUAAGUGAAAUACCUUUUAUUUCAAUUCACAGGAUGGAAUUUUGUUUGUUUCAUGUCUCAGAUUUCUUUUGUAUUUCUUUUUUAACACCCUACAUUUCCCUUGUGUUUUUUAACUCAUGCACAUGUGCUCUUUGUACAAUUUUUAAAAGUAAUAAAAUCCAGCAUAUCAAAAUGA